GAAGAGUAUUACAAACGAAACCGUGUAAUCUGAUUUUUCUACUUUUUCUUUCAUCAAUAUAUAAUAGUCAACUUCUUCCUCUCGCCGAUUCUAGAGUUAACACCACAAACACAAGAUCCACACGCCGAUAUACAUAUACAUACAUAUAUACAUAUAUAUAUAUAUAUAGAUUGAUUGUAGAGCUAUAGAUUCUACAAUAUAUAAACUGAUUGCAGAAUGUCGCAAUACACACAGCAAUUCCUCAACAGCGUGCUCUCGCAGGGCGGUCCGGCGGCGCUGCCGUACGCGGAGGGCAUGAAAUGGCACAUCCGGCAGCACCUACUUCACCUAAUCGAAGCCUACGCUUCUCUCCAGCCGAAGACCGCCGUUUUCACCCACAACGACGGCCGCACCGUCAAUCUCCUCCAGGCCGACGGCACCGUUCCGAUGUCUUACCAGGGGGUCACCUACAACAUCCCCGUCAUCAUCUGGUUGAUGGAGUCCUACCCACAGCACGCGCCUCUGGUCUUCGUCAACCCCACGCGCGAUAUGAUCAUCAAGCGCCCCCACCCCUUCGUCUCCCCCAACGGCAUCGUCUCCAUCCCGUAUAUCCAUUCCUGGGUCUUUCCCUCAUCCAAUUUGGUCGAAUUGGCUAGGAAUUUGAGCCACUUUUUCGCCCGUGAUCCGCCCUUGUAUUCGCAGCGGAAACCCUCAAACCCUAACCCUAACCCUAACCCUAGUCCCAGCCCAAAUUCUGGUUACGGGAGUAUGAAUUCGGCGGUGGGAUCAAACGCAGCUCGUCCGGCGAUACCACCUAGGGUUUAUUCGCCGACACCCACGCCGCCGCCCCCAUACGGCAGCGGUAGAAUAAUGGAGGACCCAGCUGAAGUUUUCAAGAAAAAUGCAAUAGAUAAGCUUGUGGGGAGUUUAAAUGGUGACAUCAGAGAGAUGAGGAAGGGGAGGGAAGGGGAAGUGGAAGGUCUGUUCAAUGCUCAGGCGGUGCUGAGGAAGCGUGACGAAGAAUUGAGGAAAGGGUUGAAGGAAAUGCAGGACGAAAAGGAAGCACUGGAGCAGCAGUUGCAAAUGGUUCUGACGAAUUCCGAUGUUCUAGAAGUAUGGUUGAGGGAGAACGAAGGGAAAUUGGGAACUGCUGAUGUCACUGCAGUUGACGUGGACCAGGCCUUUGAGCCGUGCGAUGCACUGUCGAAGCAGAUGCUGGAUUGCACAGCCUCGGAUUUGGCGGUGGAAGAUACAAUUUACGCGUUGGACAAGGCUGCUCAAGAAGGGGCGGUGCCUUUCGAUCAGUACUUGAGGAAUGUCAGACUUCUUGCGAGGGAGCAGUUUUUCCACCGGGCGACUGCUUCGAAGGUCAGGGCGGUUCAGAUGCAAGCUCAGGUUGCUAAUAUGGCUUCGAGGGCCCCACCGCAAUAUGCAUUCUCAUGAGUUUGCCUCUUAUCCGUGUGGGAGUAAUUUCGUUCAGAUUUUCUUUGUUAUGGUGCUGUGAUUAUUUUGGUGGUGGAGGUGUUGAUAUUGGUGGCAUAGUAGUACGUACGUAAACAGCAAUCGAGUCGUAUUUGAUGAAGCCGAUAAAUUGAUCAAGAAACGAGAGACCUUGUUGCACUUGCCCAUGUAGAAACAGGGGUAUUAUUAUGUUGAUGCACAGUUUAAGCUUAGAGAGGAUGAUAAUAUAUAUAUACAUAUAUAUAUUUGAAAAUUUAUUGCGAGUAUUGUAUUUCUGAUUUACCAACCUAAAUGAUUGAAACUUAUUCUUCUUACAUGAGGCAAAUGAUUUUGUUUUUCUAGUUCUUUACAUUACAAUGAGAAAGAAACACUAAAAUGGAGAGACCAAGUAACAGUGAAAAUUGUAAUUAUAUUUUGAUUAUUCAGUUUAAUAUUUUCUCUA